CAACAUUAUCCUGCAAACAGAAAAAAAUAGCUUUUCAAUUUUUUUUAUCCUUUAUUGUUUAGCUUCCAGUCUAUUAAAGUACAAAGAUUAAAACUAUGAAAAUCGGCGGACAUAGCGCUGCUCGUGGUGGCAAUCAAGGUGGUCCAGUUAUAAGAAUGGCAACCAUGGGGACCCAUGGUAAUGGAGGAAUCGGUUGUUGUUUUUGUAGAUGCUGCACGUGCAUUCAUCUUGAGUUUCUCAAAAGUGUUCCUGGCAUUAUCAAAGCUCUCGAAACGAUUAUCAGUGGCCUAAUACAGAGUUUACUUAUAAAUUAUGGACUAAGGUACAGCGCGACCAUCGGCUCGGCCUUUGAAGGAGCCUUGACAACUUCAUCAGCCUGCUUUCUCACCUCCGCUGUUUUGCUGGGCUGCUACAUUAUAUCCGAAAAAUCUUACAGACUCAUUCGCGCAUCGUUAUUCGAAAUGAUGUUUAACGCUCUCUCGUGCUUUCUUUAUUUGAGCUCGGCAUCAUAUUUGGCAUUCUCGACAAAAAUGUUUCUUUGGCCUAUGUACGUCAUUACGCCAGGCUUUGACGUUUAUCCAGCCAUGACAGCAGCCUAUCUCAUGAGUGGAGUCGUUGGACUCCUGCAUGGAGCAGACGUUUACUUUUCCUUUAGAGAAUUUAGAGGACAGAGAUAGCAAUUCGUUCUCACCCUGCAAUUCUCUUUGUGCUUCAAAGAAAGUUAAUUAAUAUAUAACGAAUUAUGAGCAAUCAUCGUCAGCAAAAUAAAUUGACAAUUAACAU